AUGGGUGGGUUCGUAUGGGCCAUGGGGUUUGGUGGGGUCAGUAGAGGAGUUGGUGCGGAAGUUGGUGUGAGUAUCCGACCCGACUCGACCUGGUUCAUGUCGGAUAAGUCAGCUUCUUUCUUCACCUACCCCGUAAAGGCGGGAAAAAUGGCGGCGUGGAAGUCGUGGAUUGUGGCGGAGAAAGCACGGAGAUGUUUCAGGACGAUAUUCUUCGUCGCAGCAAUGACGGCGUCUCUGCUAGCUUCUUCUUUACCGGUUCUGAUCACGGUGGCUGACGUGGUGGUCCCUUGUCUUAUCGUCUCAAGCAUCACGUGCCUCACGUGCAGCUCCGCCGCAGAACAUCUUCGUCACUACAGUUUCAAGACCUCUUUCAUCGACGUACCACUCGUCUCCCUCCUCAGAUCUCUCACCAUUAUAUGUCUCUCUUGGCUAUGUGAAGACGCAAGAUUAGCUUAUGGUCUUUAUCUUGAAACAGUGAUGUCACUUUCCUUUGGAGGGAUUCUUCUUCUUUUGGUUAAAACUUGUGUUUUCACUCUUAAUUCUCAUCUUGAGCCAAAAGUCUAUCAUCAUCACCUCAAGAUCUCUUGGGCAAUGCCGGUUUUGUUACUAUCAUCUUCAUUUUUCGGUUUAGCUCAUGUCGUGGUCGCUUAUCGAACUAGUUGUGGAGCGAGAAGAAAGCUCAUGUACCACAAAAUCGACCAAGAAGCUGUUCUCUCAUGUAAAUCUAGUUACAAGAAGGCUCAUCGCCAAUCUUUCACUCGAUCAAACUGCAAGAUCUUAACCGAAUUCAGACAAAACUCUUUCAGGGGAAGUUCUUUGGAUAGAGAAGAGAUGCUACAGCCAAGACUUCUUGCAAAUGCAGAUAGUUUAUUCAUCAAGAUCCAGGGCUUGAAUGUGCAUUACAAGCAGUGUGAUUCACCGACUUCUCCUCCUCUUCAUACUUCCUCCAUCAUUACAAGAGAUUCAGCAGAGGAAAUGAAUGCAAGAAGGCUGAGAGUACUAGACAAACAGAUGUCAAACUUAAUCUCCCAAACUCAAAGCAAUCAUUUGCAUCGAAGCUACACUAUUCAGCCUGAUAGAUCAUCUUUGUAUGAUCCUCUGUUAGCUACUUAUCCAACUACUCCUACUAGCUUUCUCAAUAAAGAUGAAAAGGAUUCUAUGAAUCUUGGGGAUGAUUUGGAGAGAAAUGAGAAAAAUGUUGGUGUAGUUCUAGUCCAUGGAUUUGGAGGAGGAGUCUUCUCAUGGAGACAUGUGAUGAGAGAACUUUCUCUUCAGCUCGGUUGCAGAGUCGUUGCAUAUGACCGGCCUGGUUGGGGAUUAACCUCUAGGCUUAUCCGGAAAGAGUGGGAGGAGAGAAAUCUAGCUAACCCUUACAAGCUUGAAAGCCAGGUCGAUCUACUACUUUCUUUUUGUUCUGAGAUGGGGUUCUCUUCGGUGGUACUCGUUGGCCAUGAUGAUGGUGGCUUGCUUGCUCUCAGGGCUGCUGAGAGAAUACAAGAAUAUAACUUCAAAUCCAACGUUACACUCAAAGGGGUGGUUUUGAUAAACGUAAGCUUAUCAAGAGAAGUUGUUCCUUCCUUUGCGAGGAUACUUCUUCAUACUUCGCUCAGGAAGAAGCAUUUGGUACGUCCUUUGUUGAGAACCGAAAUAACCCAACUGGUGAACCGGCGUGCUUGGUGUGACACCACCAAGCUAACCACCGAUGUCAUUAUGCUCUACAAGGCUCCUCUGUGCUUAGAAGCUUGGGAUGAAGCACUGAAUGAGAUAAGCAAGUUAUCAUAUGAAAUGAUACUUUCACCUCAAAAUGCAUCAGCUCUGUUAAAAUCCAUUGGAGAUCUUCCGGUGUUAGUUGUUGCCGGAGCUGACGAUGUUCUUGUUCCAUUGAAGUCCUCACAAAUUCUAGCUUCUAAGCUCACCAAUUCUAGAUUUGUAGCCAUAUCUGGAUGCGGACAUCUACCACACGAGGAGUGUUCUACAACACUUGUUUCUACUCUCGGUUCCUUCAUUUGCAGACUGAUACCUAAUCUACCAAACUCCUAA